AUGCCCGCGAAGAAGGCCCAUCAGGGCGGUAAAGGCAAAAAACAGGCCCACGACGACGACGACGACUUCGACGCCUUGUUGGCCGCUGCGGUUCAGCAGAACCAUGCGGCCGCGCUGAAGGUCCCCAAACGGGGCGGAGGAGGAGGGGGGGCUCGCGCCCUUCCCCCGAGGAACAUGGCCGCGGACGAGCCCGUCCAGCCCAGCUCCGAGAGCCACCCCGAGAAUCCUUAUCCCGCGGCCCUACCGGACUGCCCGCGGCAAACAUGGCCGGAGCCAACGGUGACGAUCCGCCGGCAAUUCCCCUCGGGGCACUUCCCCCUGGGCGAGAUCCUCGAGCACCCCGGCCCCCUUAACACCUUCCGCCUGAACAGCGCGGAGAAGCGGGAGCGGGAGAAGGCGGGGGAGGCCGAGAUCGAAGACCUCCGCCUCGCCGGCGAGGUUCAUCGCCAGGUGCGGCGCUGGGCCCAGAGCUGGAUCCGCCCCGGCCUCCCGUUGAUGCUGCUCGCCGACCGGAUUGAGAAGAAGUUGGGGGAGUUGAUUGAGAAGGACGGCCUUCACCGCGGGCAGGCCUUCCCGACGGGGUGCUCCCUCAACAACGUCGCCGCUCACUACACGCCGAACACAGGGGAUGAGAAGGUCGUCUUGGGCUACGACGACGUCGUCAAGGUCGACUUCGGGACGCAGGUGAACGGGCGUAUUGUGGAUUCGGCUUGGACGGCCUGCUUUAACCCGGUCUACGAGCCCCUCCUGCAGGCCGUGCGCGAGGCCACCUACGAGGGCGUCCGACAGGCCGGCAUCGACGUCCGCCUUGGCGAUAUCGGGGCCGCCAUCGAGGAGGUGAUGGAGUCCCACGAGGUCGAGAUUAACGGCACCGUCUACCCGGUCAAGUCGAUUCGAAACUUGAGCGGGCACAACAUCGCCCCGUACAUUAUUCACAGCGGAAAGAGCGUCCCGAUCGUCAAGGGCGGCGAGCAGACCAAGAUGGAGGAGGGGGAGUUGUUCGCCAUCGAGACCUUCGGGUCGACGGGGCGGGGGUACGUCACGGAGGACCUGGAGUGCUCGCACUAUAUGAUGGUUCCAGGCGCUGAGGUGAUGCAGAUGCGCUCCGAUAAGGCGCAGCGGCUCCUCCGGCAUAUUCACAAAACCUACGGCACUCUCGCCUUCUGCCGAAAGUGGCUAGACCGUGAUGGCUUUGAUCGACAUUUGCUCAACCUCAACCAGCUUGUCGAACAAGGAGCAGUGAACAAGUAUCCACCCCUUUGUGAUGUUAAGGGAUGCUACACCGCACAGUUAGAGCAUACGAUUUUGUUGAAGCCGACUGCGAAGGAAAUUAUAUCCAAAGGAGAUGAUUAUUAG